AGUACUACUUAGUACUAGUAGCAGGCUAGCGCUAUGCUCAUGUCUUCUCCCGGAACAUUCACCGGCUUUGUGCGGCCACCUGUACUAUUAAAAGAAUCAGCAACUACAUUCGCGCCAUGAACAUGAACCAGGUCGUGUUAACAUACAGUUCCGCUAUUAGGAUUGUGGCUUCGGUGAUGACUGGUUUUGGUAUAUCAUCUAUAGUUUUCUUGAUUUUGACUGCGCAAGUUUGGAUUUAUUUCCGGAGAGAUACAAUUCGAUCUGUGGAGAACAGGCUGUCUAAAGCUCUCGUUGCCUUCAUCUGGUUAAUCCAAGCUGUACAAAUGGCAGUUGCUACUUGGAUAUCGUUCGCUCAUGCGUUCAAGUUCAAUAUGACACUCUGCCAUAUGUUGAUAAACUUGGCGCUUUACAACGGAAUAUGUUCUUUUAUCACGUCUGUUGUGCAUGGCGUUUUCAUAUCUAGAGUUUUCAGACUUGAGAAGAGUUUCUAUGGUAAACGGAGAAUGACAUUCGUCCUGAUUGCAUUUUGUGUCAUGGAGCAAGUUCUUAGUACAAUCUACAUCUCCCGAAUAAGCCAUUACAACUUGAAUGUCGUGGUUAAUUGGUCUACCUUGAUCUCGCUUGGUUGUUCAGCAAUCGAUGAUGUUCUUAUCGCUGGAACUACGGCCUAUAUUCUCUACAACCACAGGACUGAAUCGCCAAGAACCAACCGAAUGAUCACGAAACUUAUCAUAUUCUGCUCGCAAACGGGUUUGAUUACAACUGUGGUGGCAUCUAUCACUAUGGGAAUUUGGGCAGCUUGCCGUUUCGAUGUGUAUCAUCUACAUAUGUGUUUUCCUAUUGGAGGCUUAUAUGCUACAUGUCUUCUCGCCAACUUAAUCGCUCGGGAUUCCUAUCUGCAGCCACAGACAGCCCACGAAGCCGAAAUUUCCGAAAUCAGUUUUGCACGCUCCACACAGGCGAUUCAUGUGGGCUUGCCAGAUAAUAAAUCCGGGCCGCAGGAAAUAUCGGUAAUGCAAGAAGGAACAGAUUCCUCAAAAGCGUCCUCCUGUUAAGUCGAGCCACUAUAAUCCUUUGGACGUAAUGCCACCCGCCUCGGUGUCGUCGCAAUUGCCUAGAGUUAAGUACUAAGUUGUUAUCGUACUUGUGUGUCGAGAAGCUGUUACAUCCACUAUAUUUACAUUCACUGGCAGCCGUAGUCAGACCAUCAGAAAGAAUUCAUAUAAUUUAUUCUUCACAAUGCCUCUGUCCUUCUAGAUUCACUACUAUGAG